UGUCGCGAGGACGGACGAGGUGUAUUGUUGUACUCGUCGUUCGUCGUUACUCCGGUCUCUCGCGAGGAUUUCGGUGACAGUUACGCUUUAUUCCGGCGAGUACGUGAGCGAGUAACGUCGUCGUUCGAUCGGAAGGAGGAAGUGAGAAAGAGAGAGACAGAGAGGAUCUCAGAUUUCUAUCUCGUUGACGCACGUCGCAAGAUGUUCUCUGGCCUGACGAAUCAGGUGUCUACCUGGAUGGGCAAGAAGCCCGAGAACGGCAGCGGAGAGCCGACACCCGAUAUGCCGAAACCUACCUCGCCGGAGGUCGAGACCAGCGCGGAUCUUGAGAAAAAGAACAAUACCAGUCCGAAAGGCAAUAAAUUGGAGAUGUUUGCUGGAGUAAAGAAUCAAAUGUCCGGCUGGUUGAGUGGCGGUAUACCCGGAUUAAGCCGCGGCGCCGGGGCUGCAGAAGGUGAAGCUCCACCGCCAAUCGAAACAGAAGAGACUCAGCCCGAAGAGAGUCAGGCUCCCGUCAGCGAGCAAGUCAAGGAUGAUGACGCAAGCAGGUGGGGUGCGACCGGUGGAGCGGACAGCGGUCCCGCGAGUUUAGAGGGCACUCCAACUGACGACAAAAAUGGACAACAAGCUUUUGGCGCCGUUUCUACGAAGGCACUGGCUGGGGCGAAGAGUCUCGGUGGGUUUUUGUACAGCGCCGUGAACAAGGCCGGGAAGACCGUGGUGGAGGCCAGCGUGAAAAUCAAGAAGACCGUCGAAGAGAACAUAAUUGCGUUAAUCAUAUGGAUUCAUAUAUCCCUGCAAUUCAUCAUAGGAACACACAUUAAAUGCAGACAUAUUCUCGGUAAUCUUGAUGCUAAUACCUGCAAAGGAGAACGAAUUGAUGACCGAAAAUCACAGGGUGUCAUCUAUACGAGGCUGAUUGCUGAACUCAAUAAGGAACAGGAGGCUUUCAUCGCCAGCAAGCAAAUAGGCGAGAAGGGUGAGGCUGUUGCACCGUGGGUUGGUGCACCAAAUGAGGACGCACUGCGUGAGGAGUGCCUGUCCCUCUCGACCGAUCGACGUAAUUUCGUGAGAGCACCACCACCAGGCGUAGAAUUCGCUUGGGAUUUCGAAGCUGUUCAGCCAAUGGCACAGGCCACCCUUGCCCUGGAUCCGAAUCUUGAAGCUAUGAGGUUCGAGCUUGUCCCGAAAGUUAUAUCCGAGGAGAACUUCUGGCGCAACUACUUCUAUCGGGUGUCCUUGCUGCGUCAGGGCUACGAAUUGAACGCGAUGGCCAGCCAACAGCAAGCAGAAAGCAACCCCAAUCAAACGCUCGCCAGCACCGAUAGCAUCGAUCAUACUCAAGUUCAAAUGACCACUGGCCAGACAACCACCACCGGAGUCACGACGGCGAGCAGUAACAGCGCGCUAGCCGAUUCGCCAGGUCACGAGUUCGUAUCCGAUACCAUGAGGGUCUCGGACACAGACCUCGAGGAGGUCCGAGAGGGGAUGAAAAAGCUGGGGAUGCAGCCGCCGAAAGAAGAAGAUUGGGAACGUGAAUUGGAGGCCGAGCUAAAGGAUUACGAGGUUGUAACGGGCAACAAUAACGGUGACAGCAGCGGUCAGGAGAGGAGCGUCGCGACGGCCACAAAAGACAUCGCGGCCAACGAUAAUGACUGGGAGAAGCAGAUCGACGAGCUGCUCGCCAACGAGGACGACGAGGACCUCAAGUGAGCCGAGGAGAUCCUCUUCGUGACCGGAUAAGAGGGUCGCUCCACGUUGAGAUCCCGCGCGAAUAGCGAGAUUAGCGUGUUGGUUUUCGCAUUGGAACUUUCUCUCUGAUACAGAGAAGCUCGCGAAUUUCUUUUGUAAAUUAUUAUAAUUUCUCGUUAAUCUCCUGAUCCUGGACCGUACAUUGCCGUACAAGAAGGAGAGAAAUGAAAGAUAAAGCGAUACUCGGCGAAGAUCGAGUCGUCGAUUCAAUCAAUUAUUUUCUACGAAAUCGAAUCGACCGAUGGAUUGAAGCUCACAUUGUGCGUGCGUUAAUUUUACGAUAUCGUAACGCUAUUUUUUAAGGAGAAUCUAUUUUAUACCUUUUUGAAUGCUUGUUCUAUUCGUGCUUUAAUGUAAAAAGAAAGACUAAAAUUUGACAAGAGCGAUUUAAUUUUUUUUUUUUUUUAGACUUCGAUUGUACUUUCUUUCAUUCGUUACGUGGAGAAGUCGUGCUACUUAAGGACGGCAAUCUCUCAUCGUCGUCGUAUAUUGACACGAAAACUUAGAAGUCCAGUCAUUGAGAUCGAUAGGAUUCUUUUCGCAUUCGUAUUGGCUUCUUCAACGUGAAGAAGCUACGAGAGUCGUGUUUUAUUUUGGCUUGUCUCGCGACUGUCUCCGCAUGAACCCCGGUAAAAUAGAAUACAUGAAACCGCCCUUUCGUAGAGAGAAUGUAGUUACAUAGGAGCGUCUCAGAAGAAUUCCUCCUUUUAUUUCGAUCCAUUGUCGAUUUCCUAAGGGAAAGAAACGUGAAUAAAAAUGACGCGAGAUUCUUUGAAGUUCGUCUCGUCCUCAAGAAGCGUAUAUCGGGAUGAAGUAUAAGGAUAUAAACCGAAAACCGCACGAAGUAUUUCCGACACACGGAAAAUCACUGCUGUAGUGACAAAUGUGAAGAUCGUGGCUAUAUAAAGAAAAGCGAGAAAGAUAGAAAGGAAAGUCUACUCUUUCUUUCGGUUCUUUUUUAAUUUCUCGAAAAGAAAAGCAGCUUCUUUACGAUCCUCGAACACGAUGAACACGAUGGUCCUUUCUCCUCCACCAUCGCCGUUUUACAGCUUGGUGGUGCAGCAGAAAGGCUCACGUACUCGUACGAUUUUCAUCAAAUAUAUACAUAUUCGUAUGAAUCUUUGUGCUUCUACCUCCGAAUUACAAAAUGACAUCCGGUUGUUGUAGCUCGAGAGAGAGAGAGAGAGAGAGAGAGAGAGAGAGAGAAAUGUUGAAGAACAUAUGAAUUAAUUAACACCACAAGCUUAUGUCAAUUAUCGGGCGCUCUUGUCCGAGAACGUAAUGUUGAUUGUAAUAAUAAAUAUCUUCAAAGUUGUGUGAUAUUAAAGUAAAAUUAAUUUGAAGCUUGAUCGACGGAGAUGCACGGCAACACGGUUGUUCUUAUACACGAAUGUUCUUCAUCGUGAUCGAAGGAUCGACAAUUUUUUCAAGAUAAAUUACACUGCCGUGUGGAAGGACACCGUUUCGAGUGUGGAUCGACGAUUACGGUGGUCGGUGGUGCAUUUUUUGCGAGUCUAGGUCGCCCUGCAAAAUUAACGAUUCUCGAAUAAUUAUGAAAAACAUUGUUUCAUAAUUUUUAAAUGUACUAAAAGAUCUCAACCUCGUGUAAGUGGACGCUUCGAAGCGUAAAUGCGCCGUUGGUCGUCAUCCUUUCUUUACAAGUCGAUGCUUUAUCGCAAUGGCGCUUUUCGUUGCAUUGUUGAUUGCCAGCAAUUAUUGUCGAGAAGCGAUACAAUCUACGAAAACGUGUCAAAGACAAAGAUUGAUUCGACUAAUAUCUGAUGACUUUAUCAUGACUUUACGCGGAAUGUCUUACGAUUGGGAAAGGCACUAGAUUUAGCGAUAUCUUUUGUUCAGCAUAUAUGUUUCUGGCGAAAUCCGUAGAUAAGAUGCGAAGAUUGUUGCCGGCGACGAUGACGACAACGAUGACGACGAUUGAAAGGAGAAUGUGUCGUCUUUAAAUUCAUUCUUAUCGAUCACGGAAGUGUUCCGUUAUGCGUUGUUUGUAUUGUGUCAAAGUGAAUUAUACGCUGUAAGAAUGACAUGUUCGCGUUGUCUGUACGGACGAAAUAUCGUAAUAAAUCAUUGCAUUGACAGAAACUCUAA